ACUGCACAACAAGAUGGCGGCGGCGGCGGCGAGCGGAGCUGGCGGGGCUGCCGGGGCCGGAGCGGGGGGAGCCGGGCCGGCGGGCCGCCUGCUGCCUCCGCCCGCCGCGGGGCCUCCGGCCUCCCCCGCUGCCGUGCCCCCGGCGGCCGGCCCGCCGCGUCCCCCUGCCCCGGCCUCGCGCGGGCCGGUGCCCGCCCGCAUCGGCUACUACGAGAUCGACCGCACCAUCGGCAAGGGCAACUUCGCGGUGGUCAAGCGGGCCACGCACCUCGUCACCAAGGCCAAGGUUGCCAUCAAGAUCAUAGAUAAGACCCAGCUGGAUGAAGAAAACUUGAAGAAGAUUUUCCGGGAAGUUCAAAUUAUGAAGAUGCUUUGUCACCCCCAUAUCAUCAGGCUUUACCAGGUUAUGGAGACAGAACGGAUGAUUUAUCUGGUGACAGAAUAUGCUAGUGGAGGGGAAAUAUUUGACCACCUGGUGGCUCAUGGUAGGAUGGCAGAGAAGGAUGCCCGUCGGAAGUUUAAACAGAUCGUCACAGCUGUCUAUUUUUGUCACUGUCGGAAUAUUGUUCAUCGUGAUCUAAAAGCUGAAAAUUUGCUUCUGGAUGCCAAUCUGAAUAUCAAAAUAGCAGAUUUUGGCUUCAGUAACCUCUUCACUCCUGGGCAGCUGUUGAAGACCUGGUGCGGCAGCCCUCCUUAUGCUGCACCUGAACUCUUCGAAGGAAAGGAAUAUGAUGGGCCCAAAGUCGACAUCUGGAGCCUUGGAGUUGUCCUCUAUGUGCUCGUGUGUGGUGCCCUGCCCUUUGAUGGGAGCACACUGCAGAAUCUGCGGGCCCGAGUGUUGAGUGGAAAGUUCCGCAUCCCGUUUUUCAUGUCCACAGAAUGUGAGCACUUGAUCCGCCACAUGCUGGUGUUAGACCCGAAUAAGCGCCUGUCUAUGGAACAGAUCUGCAAGCACAAGUGGAUGAAGCUCGGGGACACUGAUCCCAACUUUGACAGGUUAAUAGCUGAAUGCCAGCAACGCAAGGAAGAAAGGCAGAUGGACCCCCUGAAUGAGGAUGUCCUCUUGGCCAUGGAGGACAUGGGAUUGGACAAAGAGCGGACACUACAGUCAUUAAGAUCAGAUGCCUAUGAUCACUAUAGUGCAAUCUACAGCCUGCUGUGUGAUCGACACAAGAGACAUAAAACCCUGCGCGUCGGAGUACCUCCUAGCAUGCCCCGAACCAUGGCCUUUCAAGCACCGGUUAAUAUCCAGGCGGAGCAGGCUGGUGCCACCAUGAACAUCAGCGUUCCCCAGGUGCAGCUGAUCAACCCGGAGAACCAAAUUGUGGAGCCGGAUGGGACCGUGAACUUGGACAGUGAUGAGGGUGAAGAACCUUCCCCUGAAGCACUGGUCCGCUAUUUGUCAAUGAGGAGGCACACAGUGGGUGUGGCUGACCCACGCACGGAAGUUAUGGAAGACCUGCAGAAGCUCCUACCUGGCUUUCCUGGCGUCAACCCACAGGCUCCAUUCCUGCAGGUUGCCCCGAAUAUGAACUUCAUGCACAACCUGUUGCCCAUGCAAAAUUUGCAGCCAACUGGGCAGCUUGAGUACAAGGAGCAGUCCCUAUUACAGCCGCCCACCCUACAGCUGCUGAAUGGAAUGGGCCCCCUCGGCCGGAGGGCAUCAGAUGGAGGAGCCAACAUCCAGCUACAUGCCCAACAGCUGUUGAAGCGCCCACGGGGACCCUCCCCACUUGUCACCAUGACACCAGCAGUGCCAGCAGUUACCCCUGUGGACGAGGAGAGCUCGGAUGGGGAGCCAGAUCAGGAAGCUGUGCAGAGGUACUUGGCAAAUAGGUCCAAAAGGCAUACACUGGCCAUGACCAACCCUACAGCUGAGAUCCCACCGGACCUACAGCGGCAGCUAGGACAGCAGCCUUUCCGUUCCCGGGUCUGGCCCCCUCACCUGGUACCUGAUCAGCAUCGCUCUACCUACAAGGACUCCAACACCCUGCACCUCCCUACGGAGCGUUUCUCCCCUGUGCGCCGGUUCUCAGAUGGGGCUGCAAGCAUCCAGGCCUUCAAAGCUCACCUGGAAAAAAUGGGCAACAACAGCAGCAUCAAACAGUUGCAGCAGGAGUGCGAGCAGCUGCAGAAGAUGUACGGGGGGCAGAUUGAUGAGAGAACCCUGGAGAAGACCCAGCAGCAACAUAUGUUAUACCAGCAGGAGCAGCACCAUCAAAUUCUCCAGCAACAAAUUCAAGAUUCUAUCUGUCCUCCUCAGCCUUCUCCACCUCUUCAGGCUGCAUGUGAAAACCAGCCGGCCCUCCUCACCCACCAGCUCCAGAGGUUAAGGAUUCAGCCUUCAAGCCCACCCCCCAACCACCCCAACAACCAUCUCUUCAGACAGCCCAGUAAUAGUCCUCCCCCCAUGAACAGUGCCGUGAUCCAGCCUCACGGUGCUCCAUCUUCCUCCCAGUUUCAAGGCUUACCCUCCCAUAGUGCAAUCUUUCAGCAGCAGCCUGAGAACUGUUCCCCUCCUCCCAGCGUGGCACUAACCUGCUUGGGCAUCCAGCAGCCUACCCAGUCACAGCAGGUGACCAUCCAAGUUCAGGAGCCUGUUGACAUGCUCGGCAACAUGACAGGGACAGCUGCAGGCUCCACUAGCCGGGGCAUGUCCAUUAGCCCCAGUGCCAGUCAGAUUCAGAUGCAGCACCGGACCAACCUGAUGGCUACUUUCAGCUACGGGCAUCGACCCUUGUCCAAGCAGCUGAGUGCUGACAGUGCAGAGGCCCACAGCUUGAACGUGAAUCGGUUCUCCCCAGCUAACUACGACCAGGCGCAUUUACACCCCCAGCUGUUUUCGGACCAGUCCCGGGGUUCCCCCAGCAGCUACAGCCCUUCAGCAGGAGUGGGGUUCUCUCCAACCCAAGCCCUGAAAGUCCCUCCACUUGACCAAUUCCCCACCUUCCCUCCCAGUGCACAUCAGCAGCCACCACACUAUACCACAUCAGCACUACAGCAAGCCCUGCUCUCCCCAACGCCGCCAGACUACACCCGACACCAGCAGGUACCCCACAUCCUUCAAGGACUGCUCUCUCCCCGACAUUCGCUCACCGGCCACUCGGACAUUCGACUGCCCCCAGCAGAGUUUGCACAGCUCAUUAAAAGGCAGCAGCAGCAGCAGCGACAGCAGCAGCAGCAGCAGCAACAGCAGCAGCAAGAGUACCAAGAAUUGUUCAGGCAUAUGAACCAGGGGGAUGCUGGGAGUCUGACUCCCAAUCUCGGGGGACAGAGUAUGACAGAGCGUCAGGCUUUAUCAUAUCAGAAUGCUGACUCCUAUCACCCCCACCACACCAGUCCCCAGCACCUUCUACAGAUCAGAGCGCAAGAAUGUAUCUCCCAGGUUUCCUCUCCCACCCCGACCCACGGGUAUGCUCAGCAGCCUGCACUCCUGCAUUCGGAGAGCAUGGAAGAGGAGUGCUCCUGCGAGGGCACCAAGGACGGCUUUCCAGACAGGAAGAGUUCCACUGCGUUGACCAAAGGCUGCCACGACAGCCCCCUGCUCUUGAGUACUGGCGGACCUGGGGACCCUGAAUCUUUACUAGGAACUGUGAGUCAUGCACAGGAAUUGGGGAUACACCCUUAUCGACACCAGCCAAUUGCUGCAUUCAGUAGAAAUAAGGUGUCCAGUCGAGAGUCUGUCAUAGGGAAUUGCAUGGAUAGAAGUUCUCCAAGUCAAGUGAUGGAGCUGCCAGAUCACAAUGGGCUCGGGUACCCAGCGCACCCCUCAGUCAGCGAGCACCACAGGCCCCGGACCCUCCAGAGACACCACACGAUCCAGAACAGCGACGAUGCUUACGUACAGCUGGAUAACUUGUCAGGAAUGAGUCUCGUGGCUGGGAAAGCACUUAGUUCAGCCCGGAUGUCAGAUGCUGUUCUCAGUCAGUCCUCGCUGAUGGGGAGCCAGCAGUUUCAGGAUGGGGAAACUGAGGAAUGCGGGGAAAGUCUAGGAGGCCACGAGCACCCUGACCUGACUGAGGGCAGCCAGCAUUUAAACUCCUCUUGUUAUCCAUCAACGUGUAUUACAGACAUUCUGCUCAGCUACAAGCAUCCUGAGGUCUCCUUCAGCAUGGAGCAAGCAGGCGUGUAACAGGAAAUAGUUUGUGUACAGCUCGGGAAAGAAACGGUCGACUCUACACCCACAGUAUCUAGCAGCAUCGCGCCAAAUUGCUGUUGUAUUUCUCUCCACCCAGAAUGUCCUGGCUCCUUCCUCACUCUCGGUUCACCAGUGUGCUGUUCUUUUGGGUUCUGAGGGGGUUUCGCCACGUUUGCUUGUAUGACCAAGUCACCAAGGAAAUAAACAGGAACUCCAUGUUUGCCACCUUUUGUGACAGCGUAUCUGGUGUAUUUGAGUUGGUGGUUGGCUUUGGUUUGAUUUUGGUUGUGUUGUUUGACUUUUCUUCCUUGGUAUGUUUUUGUUUGGAGGUGACUUUCCUUCCCUUGUUUCCCUUUCCUUUUUUUCUUUUUUCCUUUCCUUUUUUUGAGACAGAAGAAGAGCAAAGCAGUUAGCCUACAGAGGCCAGGGAACCCAGAGUUCCCCACCUGCCCCUCACCCCCCCCCCCCGCCUCCAUUCACAGAGCACCCCUCAGUCCUCUGCAUGGCUCUUCCCUGGGAGCAAAAACCAAAGGCUGACAUCCUCCAGGCACUUAGAGGCUGGGAAAAGGGAGAGGGGAGGGGGCCAGCUCUGGCCCGUGGAGAGCAAACACAGAACCCCCACGCCUGGCGCCUGGGCGGGUCUUCACUGCUGAGACCCGCUGAGAAACGUGUCGGGCCCAGCCCAGAGCGUAUCAGAGCUUGAGCAUGGAGACCGAGAGCGGCCUGGCGCGGAGGCGGCCGGGUAGAAAGGCUCCGGGUGCCCUCUCUCUGCUGUAACGCUCAGCUCCCCUCCUGUGACCUGGAAAGGUUCCUGCUGCUUCUCCCCGUGGACUCAACACCCAACAGUGUACACUAGGCUUUUCAUGUCACCUUUCAUUCUCAUUUUAUAUUGUGCUAUGAAAAGGAUUAUUUCUCCGUAUAUAUAUAUACACGUGUGUGUGCGUGUGUGUGUGCAGACACACGUAUAUAUAUCUCCUUCUCCCUCUCAGCCUCGUCACCACAGCAAGAAUAGGAGGUUGUCGUGGGCCUCCUUUCUCCUGACCUUUUCCUCCUCUCUGGGCCUCCUCAGCCCCUAUUUUACUUCUUGAUCAUGUAGGAAUUGUUUUUGGUAAAUGUUGAUAUUAUUGUUAUUAUUAUUAAUAAAUAAAAACACAAGGAUUUUUGUUGAAAAGAGAAAUGUUUAACCAGAUUCUGUUCUAUUUGAAUUGUGACUUGCACCUUUUGUUCCAAGGAUUUUAUUUAGACAUUGUAAUUGUGAACAGUUCUUCCUCGUGCCAGUGACGGAUGUAGUGCUCGCCUUUCGCCAGCUGACGUAGUGCAGACGCAAUAGCUACCGUUUGUGUCAUUAUCUUUACUUUUCUUCACUGUUAGAAACCAAAGUCUUCUCUGCUGGCUGGGGGCUGACAGAGGACCUGGGUUAUCUCCUUAUGAUCUCAAAACAAGAAAGAGAUGUGACCUAUUCAGACUCUCGAUCCUUUUUUCUGGCAGAGGAGAAUCCCAGGUCCCCGGCCUCCUCCUCAUCUUUCAUCCUGAAUUUGCACACAAGAAAGCGGGUGCCCAGCAUGGCCAUCCUGAUGUUGCUGACAGGAUCCCUGUGUGGCUUGUCCUUCUCACUGACAUCGGCAGCUCAGCUCCUGGACCACAGUAGCCCUCGAGUGGAUUUCUGCAGUGCAAAAGCCUUUCUUGGGAUCAGUCCCGUGUUUCCACGCUCCCCAGUCUCCACUCCACAGGGUGAGGCCACCAACUACUCACCGGAAGGAGGCUCCAAGAAAGCCCCAACAGCUACCGUUUGACUCCUCUGGGCUUGUUCCAACUCCAAGCCCCCUGACUGCCCCCACUCCCCGCGCGCUCAGCUUGUUCUGUUUACAUGGUACUGUAUUUAUGGAAGAGCAGCAACCACCCAGAUGAAAGCCAGUGAGCCUAUUAACCGUGCCAUCUUGCGAACUACACUUUUAAAAGAUCAUUGCUUUGUAUUGUAGUAACCAAUAUGCGCAGUAUAUGUUGAAUGUAUAUGAAUAUACUUUCCUAUUUCUGUUCUUUGAAAAUGUCAGAAGUAUUUUUUCUUUCUCAUUUAUGUUGAACUAAAAAAGGAUUAAAAAUAUCUUCAGACCCAAGGUGCCAUAAGACCUUUAGUCUUUUUUUGUGGGUACCUUACCUAUGGCUUAAAACUUAGAUGGACAGUAGGGGGUUGUGAAAAUAAAAACUUGAUUAUGAGCCGAUGUUGAUA